UUAAGCAUGGCAGCCAAAGGAGCAAAUUCUCUUCUUCAAAGCUUUCAAUCUAAGAUCUCCUCGAUGAAAAAUCUCUCUCAUUUGAACGCCUUUAUCACUGAAACUAUCAAAAUAGCAGAGAGCCAAGUCAUGGAAGCUCAGAAAAGAAAUGAAGAUGGUGCUCCUCUUGGUCCAUUGGAUGGGCAUACUUUUGCUGUUAAGGAUAACCUCUGCACUGCCAAUACACUCACUACCUGUGCCUCUCGUUUCUUAUCUAGUUUUACUCCACCAUACACUGCUACUGCAGUCCAGAGGCUAUUGUCCUCCGGAGCUGCAAUGAUUGGGAAAACCAACAUGGAUGAGUUUGCAAUGGGUUCAUCAAACUUGUCAAGUUACUAUGGAGCAGUUGAACAUCCAAAUUCUGCUUCUCCCUCCUCUUCCUCUUCAGCUCAUAAUCUUGUUAGUGGUGGAAGCUCUGGUGGUAGUGCUGUUGCUGUAGCUACCGGAAUGUGUGAUUUUGCCUUAGGUAGUGAUACUGGUGGGUCAGUGAGAUUACCAGCUUCAUUCUGUGGUACUGUUGGUCUUAAACCAACCUAUGGACGUGUAUCACGUCAUGGUUUAAUCCCAUUAGCUAACUCUUUAGACACUGUAGGGAUAUUUGCACCAACUGUUAGCACUGCUGCUAAUGUAUUAGAUGCUGUUAGUGGCUGGGAUCGGUGUGACUCUACUUCUGUAAGGAGAGAAUAUUGUUCAGUCAAUGAUGAGUUUGCUGGCAAUGAAGAGAUGACUACUGUCAGGGUUGGAAUUCCAAAAGAAUGUGACAUUAAGGAGCUAUCACCUGAGAAUAGAACAGUAUGGAGACUAGUAGCUGAUGAGCUGGAAUCACUAGGCAUGAUAGUGAAAGAUGUGAGCCUACCUCAUUUCUCUUACUCUGUUCCAUGCUACACUGUCAUCUGUUCUGCUGAGGCCUCUUCUAACAUGGCAAAAUACACCGGAGCCAUUUUUGGAUAUGAUUGUUCAAAGGCUCAUUCCCCAUCAACAGUGGAUGAGAUGUUUGCCUAUAAUAGACAGUUUGGACUCGGACCUGUUGUGAAGCACAGGAUUAUUGCUGGAACCUACUUUCUCUCAUACCAUGGAAGGCAUCAUUAUGAACAAGCUCUUAAAGCCCGAAGCUUAAUAAAGAACGAUUAUCAAACUGUGUUUGACAAAGAUGGUCCUGAUCCUGUUGAUAUUCUGAUUACUCCAGUGUCACUUGGACCUCCUCCUACACGUAGUACAAUGGAAGAGUUGGGACCAGUUGAAGCAUAUGUACUUAAUACAUUCCUUGUACCAGUUAACUUAGCAGGAUUACCAGCCAUUAGUGUUCCUAUUACUAGAGGAGAAGGAGAGCUCCCACUAUCAGUCCAGGUUAUUAGUAAGUGGUUUGAUGAAGGCCUUAUGAUAAAGAUAGCUAAACUUAUAGAAACUUUUAUGAGAAACAAAAACUGAGAUACAAAAAACAGGGAAUAUAUUUUUUGAGUAUUAUUGUAUAUAGAAUGGACAAAAAUGGAGUGCACAAAAAUUGGGUGUAAUGCAUAAUAGUCACAUGUAGCACACAAUUUGAAAUUUAAAAUUGAAAAUGUGUUUUGUUAUUUUGUGUCAGUUAUUUCUUUAAUGUUGAUUUCUUGGGAUGUGUCCCAUUACUCAUU